AUGACUAUUACAAGUAUACUCAGCUCAUGGACUUCGGUCCUUAGGCUGUAUAUCCGACAGCACAUCGAGACUCAAAAGCCUUUCUCAUCUGCCACAUAUGAUACAUUGCCAAGAUACACGGAUCAUCGUGCACGUAUCAUAGCUCAACUGCGGGGCCAGGAGAUUCACGUCCCAGACAUUCACUACAUCUACUCUGACUGGGAAGCCAAAGUACAUCCAGAAGUUAACGUGUUGAGGCAAUACCUUGAAGGCUAUUUUGAAAAGUUUGUCAGUACUGAAAGCGGCAGAAAGAAGCAGAGAAAGGUCGACAACGCACUCUGCGUUGGAUACUUCUGGAAUCAUGUUGCACCAGAUAAGUUUCUCAUUGUUGGUGAACUAGUUGCUUGGUUCUUUUUCUGGGAUGACGAGAUCGAUUGUGGCUCGCUGACCGAAGACCGUGACAAAACCGAAGCAUAUUGCGAGGAUACUCUCAACUUCAUCAGGCAUUGCUUGCAACCGGAACUUGAAGGCGAAGUGCCAGCGCCGGGUCGAUUGCACAACUGUGGGCCUUGGGUCAACAUGGGCCGGGCCAUGCAAGAGGGGCAGUCCAAAGAAGCGCGUGAUAGAUUUGCAGCGGCAAUUUACGACUUUGUCCUAGGUGUUCGGACGUCACAGGCCACAUGGGCCCAAGGGAUAUCCACACUGGAACAAUAUACUACGCGCCGAUUGAGAACUGUCGGAACGAAUCCUUGUGUCGCAGUGAUGCAAUGGGCGUACGGCCUUAGUCUUCCUCCCUCGAUCUGGGAACACGAAGCCAUGGUUGCCAUAACGCGCGAGGUUGCCACUAGUGAUUUCCUUUGGAACGAUAUUGUUAGUCUCAGGAAAGAGAUUGAUGAUGGUGACAUCGACUCGGCAAUUCCAGUCAUGGUAUGGAAUGAAGGGUGCAGUGCCCAAGUUGCUGUUGAUCGUUGUGUGAGAAUGGUCGAGGAAAGCUGGAAACGAUUAUUAGAAGCGGAGAAGCGGCUGAUGGAUGCACAUUCCGGCGAGUCUGAGCAGAUCAAGAGUGAGAUUACAACGCUAGUCGGUGGGUGCAAGGAUUUAAUUGUGGGACAUAUGAUGUAUUCUCUGAAGAUACCUCGUAACAUGUCAGCGGCAAGAAUGAGUGAGAAGGAUUGCAGUUUCCGCAUUGUGCUUUGA